AUGUCGACGCUCACGUCCGCACAACUACACGUCAAACGUAGCUCCACACGCCUCCACGCACCACCUGGUGGUGCCUCCAGUCUCUCCUUUGGCUGCGGGGGCCUUGGCACUGCUGAGCCAGCAGAACAAGACCCUGGUAAGGAUGACCCUGUGUACUCCCGCCCGAAGAGCAAUAAUCGGUACACGCCCCCGACAACCAGCUUCAGCGAUAACAACAACAAUGCACCUGGAGGCUACCCUGGCUACUCGUCAACGCAAUCUGAGCCGCUCUCGUACAACAACUUCGCCCCGUUACAGCAAUCGUACCAACAGCAGCCUCAGCCAUACCAGUAUCAAGCUCCUUACCACCCCACCACCCAAAACAAUUACAACUACGGCAACGACAAAUUCCCUGACCCGAUCCACCUUAACAACAACGGGUUCCUAGGUGGCCGUCCUCCGUCCUCCACGCCCAGUUCUCGUUCGAGUACUAGAUCCAGUUCCAGCUCGAGAUCCUGGGGCUCUCAACCUCCUCUCACAUCCUCGAAGCGGGACCAAAACUGGGAGAAAAAACGACGACAAUGGCUGGCGCGGCACCACAGCAACAAUGGCAGCAACUAUGGUGACCGGGGACGCUUCAUGUUCGGGCACUUUCGUGUUUAA